GGCAGAGAAUCCAUGGGUUCACCACGUACCAAGAACGUGACUGAGUUUGUGUUGUUCAGCCUUUUUCAGAGCAGAGAAUUACAGCACGUGUGCUUCGUGGUCUUCUCCCUCUUCCAUGUGUUCACUCUCCUGGGGAACCUUAUGGUCAUCAUCACCAUCAGUGCCAGCAAGGCCCUGCAUGCUCCUAUGUACUUCUUCCUCAGUCAUUUGUCUUUCGCUGACAUGUGCUAUCCAUCCGCUACCAUACCCAAGAUGAUUGCUGACACUUUUGUGGAGCGCAAGACCAUCUCCUUCAAUGGCUGCAUAACCCAGCUCUUUUCUUCCCACUUCUUUGGCGGCACUGAGAUCUUCCUUCUCAUAGCCAUGGCCUAUGACCGUUAUGUGGCUAUCUUUAGGCCCCUGCACUACACAGCCAUCAUGGAUCGACAGAAGUGUGGCCUGAUGGCGGGGGCCUCCUGGGUGGCUGGCUUCCUGCAUUCCAUCCUGCAGACCCUCCUGACAGUGCAGCUGCCCUUUUGUGGGCCCAAUGAGAUUGACAACUUUUUCUGUGAUGUUCAUCCCCUGCUGAAGCUGGCCUGUGAAGACACCUCUGUCGUGGGGCUCAUCGUGGUGGCCAACAGUGGCAUGAUCUCUUUAGUGUCCUUCAUUAUCCUUAUUGCAUCCUAUGUGGUCAUCUUACUGAACAUGAGAAGCUGGUCAUCCGAGGGCCGCCGCAAAGCUCUGUCCACAUGUGGCUCACACAUCACUACUGUGUUUUUGGUCCUUGUGCCCCCCAUGUUCAUGUACAUUCGUCCCUCUACCACCCUGGCUGUUGACAAACUUGUCAUCCUCUUUAACAUUGUCAUGCCACCUUUGCUGAACCCUCUGAUCUACACCCUGAGGAACAAUGAGGUAAAAAAUGCCAUGAGGAAAGUGUUUAGGAUCAAAGGGAGUGUGGAAGAGAAGUGACACCCUAGGGAAUCUCACCCAGCUGGGAGCAUGGGAGACUUCCCAUUCUGUAGCAUCCAACACAGGCUUUGUGUCUGCAGUUUGAUGUUUGUAAUGACGACUCUCUUCUUAGCUCUUUUUUACAAAUUAAAUUUAUUGGGGUGACAUUGGUUAAUAAGUUGAUAUAGGUUUCAAGUGUACAUUUCUAUGAUACUUCACCUAUAUAGUGCAUUGUGUGCCCGCCAUCCAAAGUCACAUCCUUUUCCGUCACUGUGUAUUUGAGCACCUCUGUAACCCUUUACUACUCCCAUCCCCUUCU